ACAAAUUUAGUCGUAACUUUCUCAUUUUCCAACCGAUUUUCACAAGGCUUUUGCCAACGCCAAAGCGUAUGCUAUUGUUUAUGCUAUAUACACAUGGAAUGGACUUACAGUUCUCUUGUUAUAAUCGUACGACGUUACACGUAUAUGCAGCACAUUGUGGCGUUAUUCUUCUAGUAUUUGGGUUUUGUUGCCGUACACAUAGAAUGCGCUGACGACUUUGACCUCCCUAGCUUAGCUUCGCCGUCGGCAUGGAGCUCAAAAUGGGCGUAUCGUAUCUACCUUCCUAUAACUGUGGGCUCCAAGACGACAAGAACAAAAGCUCGAAGAGGACGACGACAAAUCCGCAAACAUGUUGAAAAAUGUGGUCAGGGAGCGACUAAAUGAGGCCGCCGACGACAUCUGCGGCCUGUUUGAAAGAACGAUAGCGUCAUACGAGGAGGAACUUUGUCGAGCAAGAGAAGAGAACGAAAAACAACGACGACAACUGGAAGCUGCUGCCCGGGCUAACCCGAUGGUGUGGCACAUGCCAGGCGUCCAGCGGAUGAUCGGUUGUCCGCAAGAACUUGGCCCUCAGCCGCAGGGGGGGACCACCAGUUUUGAGCGGAAGCACCCACAGCCGACCUACGUCAGAGAAAAAGAGGAGAAUACACUCCCCAUUGUCCCUGUCAAGGAGGAAGAGGAAGAGGCUGAUGUCAGUAAAUUGCCACUGACCGUUGUUGUUGUCGGGAAGAGCGAAGACAGCGAAGACGAACCACCCGAGACGUCACAGCAUAGCUGUCACAGUCCAAGUUGUGCAGGACCGCCACCGGACAACCUCUUGGCGACACUAUCACAUAACGAAGACAUGGAAGAAUCUUUGAGGAGCUACGCAGACUGCCAAGGGGACGACAACCGGUCGGAACGCUUGGAAAAGGAGACGCCGGGCAGGCGACGUCACACGGGUGUCAAACCUUUUAGCUGCCCGGUUUGCGCUAAAAGAUUUAUUCGGAAGGAUUAUGUGAUCACACACAUGUGGACACACACGGGAGAAAAACGUUGCAGUUGCUCGCUUUGCGGUAAAAGUUUUACUUGUCAGCACAAUUUGAACAUACACAUGAGAACGCACACGGGAGAAAAACCUUACGCGUGUUCGGUGUGCGGCGAGAAAUUCCGUCACAGGGUCUCUUUGAUUGCGCAUACGGCAACGCACACUGGGGAAAAACCUUUUGCGUGCUCCGUUUGCGGCGAAAAGUAUUCGUACAAGUUCACGUUGACGGAGCACAUGCGGACGCACACGGGAGAGAAGCCUUACAGUUGCUCGGAGUGCGGCCAAAGAUUCUCUCGAAAAGAACAUUUGAGCAGCCACAGGAGAGCACACACCAACGAGAAACCCUUUAGCUGCUCAGUUUGCGCUAAAAGGUUUGUCAAAAAGUCCAACAUGGAAUUACACAUGAGGACGCACACGGGCGAGAAACGCUUCACUUGCCCAGUUUGUGGUAAAAAGUGUACUCAAAAGUCGCAGAUGACGUCACACAUGAGAACGCACACGGGAGAAAAACCUUUUGCGUGUUCGAUUUGUGGCGAUAAAUUUACUCACAAGGUCACUUUGAUUACACACACAGCAAAACACACGGGAGAAAAACCUUUCAUUUGUGCACUGUGUAACCAAAGCUUUUCUUCCAAGUAUUAUUUGAAUGUACACUUGCGGACACACAACGGACAAUAAACACUUCUGUGGGAAAUUAUGAUUUAACCAUUGAACACAUUUUUCAUCAAAACAUUUUUUCACCUUACCCCCAUUCAAAACUCUAAAAGUGCUACAUGCAUUUUCCCAGAAAAUUCUAAAGUUUAAAAAAAUUUUUUUUGGGCUGAUUUUUAUUUAUAUUUUUUGACGGGGGGGUCGAAUGGAUCCUGAUUUGGAUUAAGGCUUCAUAGUGACGUAAGAAAAAAUUAGGCUUUGACUUUUUUCCCCACCUCAUGUGACAGGACAGUGAUUAAUUUAAAAACUUGAAUCGUUGGAUUGCAGAAAAAGCUCAAAGGAAAAUUUUUGCGCCGAGCUGCUCACACAACUCAGUCGUUAGCCAGUUAACAGCCAAUCAACUCUACACUCUCAUUCGUCGACACCCACGUCACUCACCAUGCCCGGACCGGCCUCUUAAAGCCAUACAGCCUCAAACUCACAGUUACUGAAGCAGAACUGGAGGACAAAUAAUACCUGCACCUCACAUGUACAUGUAAUUUUGUUUAGUAAUGCAAAAUCAAUUUGUAUCUGAUUAAUUGAUGGGAUAGUCGUUAGAAUACUUGAGUCUAAAAAUAUUCGAUAGCUGCAGCCCUCGUUACAGUUUUAAAUGGUGAUUUCGUUUAUUAAGGAAAAAAGUUUUUCAAAGUUAUGUGGCCCUGUGUGGAAAAAGUAAUUACCCCUUUGUGAAAUCAUAAAUGAAUUGUGGCUAAUCUCAAUUUUUAGUUAAUUUUCACUGAUCACACCCAAGCCUGAUUACCUCCAGACCUGUUCAAUCACUAAAUUACUUAAACAGAAUGUGUACUGACAAAAUCAAGUCUGACGAUAGCGCUAAAAAAGCAGCAACAAAAUAAAACGUUCCAAAUAAAUUCCAGAACAGUGAAGAAGUAAAGUAAUUGAGAUCUAUAAGUCUGGAAAGGGUUACAAAAUCCAUUUCUAAAGCUAUAGGAUUCCAGCGAACCAUAGGGCGAGCCAUUAUCCUCACAUGGAUAAAUUAUGGAACAUUGGUGAACCUUCCCAGGAGUGGCCGGCCUACAAAGAUUACCCCAAGAGAACAGCAAUGACUCAUCCAGGAGGCCACAAAGGAACUCAGGACAACUUCUUAACAACUGCAGGCCUCACUUGCCUCAGUUAAGUUCAGUGUUCAUGACACAACAAUGAGGAAAACACUGGGCGAAAAUGGGAUCCAUGGCAGAGUUCCAAGGCAAAAACCACUGCUGACCAAAAAGAACAUAAAGGCUUGUCUUAGUUAAGCAAAAAAAAAUAAAACCAACAACAUCCGAAUAAUUCCUAAGACUUUUGUGAGAAUAUUAUAUGGACUGACGAGAUUAAAGUUUGAGCUUUUUGGAAGGUGUAUGUUUUGUUACAUCUGGCGUAAAUGUAGCACAGCAUUUCAGACAAAGAACAUCAUACCAACAGUCAAACAUGGUGGUGGUAAUGUGAUGGUCUCUGGCUGGUUUGCUCCUUCAGGACCUGGACAACUUGCUGUCGUUGAUGGAACCCUGAAUUCUGCUCUUCAACGGAAAAUCCUGAAGGAGAAUGUUCAGCCAUCAGUUUGUGAACUCAAGCAGAAUCGCACUAGGGUUCUGCAGGAGGAUAAUUAUUCAAAACACACCAGCAAGUCAACUUGUGAAUGGGUUAAAAAAAAAAAAAACCAAAAUAACAUUUUUGGAGUGGCUUAGUCGAAGUACGGACUUGAAUCCGGUUGAAAUGCAGUGGUAUGACCUUAAAAGGCUGUUCAUCAGAAUCGUCUUUAUUUGCCAAGUAUGUCCAAAAACACACACAACGAAAUUUGUCUCCGCUCUAGUAUGACAACAGACAGUCAAUUGACAGAACACUUUUGAGACAUAAAGACAUUGAGAAAAACAGUCAAUGAGCAAUAAAGGGUUGCUAGUUAUCUGGUAAUGCCGGUACAAUUAUUAUUAUUAUUUUUGGGGAUAGUUCUGCAAAAAGAUGCAGAGUCCUCUAGCACUUAGAGCAGUUCGAAUGACUAAUAUUGCAAUAUGCAAAAUGACCAUUGUGCAAAGGGCACAUGAUCGAAAACCCCUCAUUUUUGCUGAAUUCAAACAACUGUGCAAGGAAGAGUGGGCCAAAAUAUCUCCACAGAAAUGUGAAAGACUCAUUGUCGGUUCGAGAAAACGCUUGAUUUCAGUUGUUGCUGGUGAGGAUGGCUCAGCCAGUUGCCGUUACUUUUUCACGCAGGACUAGAUAAACUUGAAUAGCUUUUUUUUAAAUUACUAUUUAAAAACAGCAUUUUUAGUUCACUUGGGUUAUAUUUGUCUGAUAUUUACAUUUGUUUGAUGAUCUUAAAGUGGGGAAACGAUGCACAAAUAUAAGAAUUUGAGAAGGGGGGGCGGGGCAAUACAUUUUCACAGCACUGUAUUUCACUUGACGGUCAGCAUGAUCUCUAGUUCUGUCUGUUGAUCCUUUCAAAUCUCUCCAAAUGUCUUGGACGUCAAAGGUUCACAACCUUCAUUAUGUUAUUGGCCAGUUAUUACGUUAUAGGCCUAUUAUAUUUGAAUAAGGGCACAUUUAUUACGUUUUGGGCUGUUAUUAUAUGGGAUUCUACACACCCAAUCAUGACUGUUAACCAAAUUAACCCUUCCCCCCAAAUUUAUGAAAAACAAACCAAAAAAACAACAACAAAUCACAUGUACAUAAGUGUUCAUACUUAACCUUUACCAUGAAGCUAAAAAUUGAGCUCAGGCGCUGAUUCAGUUUCUGCUGAUCAUCCUGGAGAUCAUGUUUUUACUGAAAACAAAGUACUUAAUUUCCCCCAGAUAAUCUCUUUUAUGUUUUCAGUGUUGGUUCUAGGAUUUUGAGAGCGGUGUGAUUCUUUUUUUCCAUUUUUGAAGUGGUGUAACUAUUUCCCGUGAGCGCUGUCGAAGCAUUUCCUCGCAGCAGGUCAGAUUGGUGAGUUCAUUUUUUUUUGACGUGGGUGCAACGCACAUCCCACAAAUGUAUCUUCCUGCCUUAGGGGUCUGAAUGGAAAAUAAGCUUUCCAACAGUAUGAAAUGUAAUGACGGGAAGCAUCGCUACAACACAGAAAUA